UUGGUGUCUACUUUCCAUAAUAGUUUCAGUGCCUACACACUAGAAACAUGAGGUGAUAUGCGACACCAUUGUUUUAUAACUUCAAAAAAAAAACUUAAGGACUUCCUUGGUGGCGCAGUGGUUAAGAAUCCACCUGCCAGUGCAGGGGACACGGGUUCAAGCCCUGGUCCUGGAAGAUUCCUACAUGUUGCAGAGCAACUAAGCCCAUGCACCACAACUACUGAGCCUGCGCUCUAGAGCCUGCGAGCCACAACUACUGAAGCCCUCGCGCCUAGAGCCCAUGCUCCACAGCAAGAGAAGCCACCGCAAUGAGAAGCCUGUGCACCGCAAUGAAGAGUUGCCCCCGCUCGCAGCAGCGAAGACCCAAUGCAGCCAAAAGGAAUCUUUUAACUGAGCCAAUUGGUUACUUGGAAUCCUGUUUCUCGGCCAAGAAUGGUACUCCAAGGCAGCCAUCCAUUUGUAGCCAUUCACGGGCUUGUUUGAGGAUUAGAAAAAGCAUCUUUAAUAAUCCUGAACAUUCCUUGAUGGGCUUAGAACAGUUUUCUCAUGUUUGGAUUUUGUUUGUUUUUCACAAAAAUGGUCAUUUGAGCUGUAAGGCAAAAGUGCAGCCUCCUAGGCUGAAUGGUGUGAAGACUGGCGUUUUCUCUACAAGGAGCCCACAUCGUCCCAAUGCGAUAGGACUGACCCUAGCCAAACUGGAAAAGGUAGAAGGUGGAGCCAUAUACCUUUCUGGAAUUGACAUGAUUCAUGGCACACCUGUACUAGACAUAAAGCCCUACAUAGCUGAUUAUGACUCGCCACAAAAUUUGAUUGAGCCUUUAGGGGACUUUAAUUUACAGAAUAACCAAUGUAAACCAAAAACUGUGUCCCAGUGUGAUGGCAAGACUGAUAGCUGUGACCAGCAACAGCUCUCAGGGUACGAGGAACCACAGCUCUACAGUUGCACUAAGGAGAAACCUAAAUGUCCUGAAGAUAGAACUUGGCGAGAAAACAACGCAAAACACGACAACUCAGCAAAAACCCAGCAAAGCUCACCUGAGCCCAGAGAGAGAGCAGCAGAUUUGGGUGAAGAAUCAGGAAGUGGUCCAAGUCCUAGGGUAGCAGAAGAGCAAAGUGGCCCAUGUUGCCUGGAGAAGAGCUUUUCAGAGGAACAAGCAGGCAGCAGGCUGAGGAGAGGGGAAGCAGCGGUGGUGGCACAAGGACACAGCACGGAGAUGCCGCCCGAGGCUCUUCCCUGCCCUUCCAGGGUGGCUGGUGUAGCCCACCACAGUGCGGUCCCCACCUGGGUGAGAGAGGCUCCCGUGGCCACCUUGGGAGUCCGGUUUACUCCUCACGCGGAGAUGGACCUUGAGCACCUCAGCUCAGGUGAACCAGGUAUUGGUCAGGCUUCAUUUAAAUAUUUUCAGUCAGCGGAGGAAGCAAGGUGUGCCAUCGAGGCUGUGCUGUCAGCCGACCCUCGGUCUGUAUAUCGACGGAAACUCUGCCAGGAUCGUCUUUUCUACUUUACAGUAGACAUAGCACAUGUCACGUGCUGGUUUGGUGAUGGCUUUGCAGAGGUCUUAAGGAUCAAGCCGGCUGCUGAGCCUGUUCAGAUGAGUGACCCUGCGGAGUCCUUGGUGUCUCUGGGAUCGUGAGUAGCCUCCAUCGAGUCUUUAAGACAGCCUAAUUGACUUCGGUAUGGCUGUUGGAUUUUCUGUACAAGCUAAUGAUGUGCCUUCUUUGCAGAAAGAAGCAACACUUUGUGAUCUCACUGCUUUGAUUGAUUUGGGUUGUUCAGAAUAUUUAUUUGAAAAACAUGUAUUUUAAUAAACU